AUGAAGCAGAAGGGAUCUUUAGGCAUUAUUUCUACUGAACCAGAGUCAGUUUUGUGCAAAGUGCUGCAUCUGUCAGCUCAGGAAGCAGGCUGGAAAAACAUAAGGACACAACCAUACAGCAAUCUGGAGCUAUGCGCUGAUCAAUGCAAUGCCCUCAUUUUCCUGCCUCCCCUAGAAAGGUUGCCCAAAGCUGUUUUAGGCAGCCUUUCAAAACUCCAGGAUGUGGUAGUGAUAUGUGACAACCGCCAUGCAGAGUGUCUGAGAGCUCUCAUCGGAAUGGAUCACGAAAACUUUCAAAUUCAUAUUCUUAGUCUUACCAGCAUUUUCCAGAAGGCAUCUCUGAAGAAACAAAGUAUGCCUUUUUCCAGUUGGAUGAAGUCAUUGGAACCGAAACAGUCUCUGAAAUUACCUUGCUCAGUUUUUCAACAAACAGGGAAAAGUGAGAGCAUGGGUUCUUCAGCAUCAUCCCAUCUUACCAGAAAAGCUGUCCCCUUUGUAAUGCUAAAAGGUAAUGUGCACAGUAACUUUUCAGAUAUUCCACUGUAUAGAGGAAAGCGGAAAAUGUUUAAGGAGAAGGCUGUGUACAUAGUUACAGGAGGACUCACCGGGCUUGGCUUUGAAACAGUUAGAUUCAUUGCUGAAAAUGGAGGAGGUGGCAUAGUGUUUCUUUCACGGAGAAAGCCAGGUGUUGAGAAGCAGAAAGAAAUAAAGGAUUUGCAGCAUCGGAAUAAAAGAAGUAAAAUAAUCGCUCUGCAAUGCAAUGUCAUCUUUAGAUCUGACGUUGAGAAAGCUAUCAGUGUAGUCAGCAAAAUCUUUCCCAAGUGCCCAAUCAAAGGGGUGUUUCACAGUGCUGUGGUUUUGCAUGAUGGAUCCAUUGAAGCCUUGACCAUAUCUGACUUUGAGGAAGUUUUCAGUCCUAAGGUUGCAGGAGCCAUGAAUCUUCACCAUGCUACUCAAGGGCAGGAUCUUGACUAUUUUGUAUGUUAUUCAUCAGUUGCUUCAUUCCUUGGAAAUGCAAUGCAGGCAAACUAUGCUGCAGCCAAUUCCUUCCUGGACCUUUUCUGCCAUUACAGGAGAAACCGUGGACUUGCAGGACAGUCCAUUAACUGGGGUGCCUUGAAUCUUGGAUUACCGCAAAAUCAAAAUGAAAUUCAAAAUUUCUUGGAAUCAAAAGGUAUAGCGAUUCUGCAAGUGAAUGAUUUUUAUGAGUAUUUAAAACGCAGUUUAAUUCUGAACAAUCCCCAACAAGCUAUCAUAAAGUUCAACUUCAAAAAUUUGACCAAUUAUUUCAUUUCUCAAAAUCCUGCAUUCAGAAAUCGUAUGCAUUCAGUCCUCAUGGAACUCAGUGGUGGUAGGUUUGAGCUUUCAGAGCAAACUGUAUCCCAGGACUUGACUCCAGUAAAAAAUGAAGAUUAUAUCAUGGCCUUGAUGAGUCAACUCAGUGGUGCAGAUCCAAGUGAUGUUGCAAUGAAUUCAUCACUUUUGUCCAAUGGCAUAGAUUCUAUGUUAGCCAUGACUCUGCAGAAUCGCAUUUUCCAGGAACGAAGAGUUAACAUACCACUUGUGAAACUACUUGAUCCUAAUACUACAGCGUUUAAUCUUGCAUGGCUCCUAGAAGAACAAUCUAAGGAAAUCGGAAAAUCUGUCAAAUAA